AUGUAGGCCACAGAAUCUAUAUAAGAAGAUAGCCACUCAAAAACUAAAGAAUAAUAAACUAAAAAUUAAAUAAACUAUCAUAAAAACAAGGCAAGCUAAUCCAAUUAAAAUUUAGGAGUAGAAGUACCAUUGAAAGGUUAAAACAAUAUGAUUAAAGUCGAUUAAUUGGGUGAGAUUAUAGUGAAUCAACAUGAGUUCAAUAGAGAGGCAAGUAAAUAGUAUUUUAAUAAAACUAAAGAAAAUAAACAGAAAUAAAGAGAAGAGGAGUCUAUCAAAAAUAAGGCAGAAGCUAAGAAAUUAAAGCAAAUUGAUUUUAAUGUCAUUACUAAAAAAUUAGAAGAAUACGAAACUAAGAUAAGUGCUCCAAUCUUAAAUAAAUCAGUUAAAACUGGAAAAUCUAUUGAGGUUGGAGAAAGCAAAGUGAAAUCCCUAGUUGACUCCUCUUAGAAAUAGGAAGUAGAAUUAAAUGCUCCAAAAAAGAAGGGGAGACCUAAGAAAAUUGUAAUUGAAGAAACUAUUCCAAAAGAAAAAACGACAAUAAAUAAUGAUAAAGUUAUAGAGACAAACGAUUAGGAGGCUUAAAAAAUAAAAAAUAAAAGAGGAAGACCUUAGAAAGUAAUAUAAGAAGAUUCAGUAUAAUCUUAAAAAGUAGAUGAAUCUAAAAAGAAAGAUAAUAAACUUACUAGAAAUUAGACUAAGAGUCCUGAUAUAUCCAAGUCAAUAUCAAAUUCUACACAGAAACUAUCUAAAUCUAAAUCAGAUAGACCUAAGAUAGUCUAAAAGCUUUAAUAAUUUUAAGAAGAUGAUAAAAUUAAGUUAUCUGAUGAACUUAGAAAUGUUGAUAAAACGCUUCUGAAUGAGCAAGAUUUAAUUGAUUUAGAGGAGUUAAAAGCUCUAGAAAGGCUUGCUGGGAUUAGAGAAAAAUCAGGAUAUGAUGAAAAGAUGGAUGAGAUGACAUCACUGAUGGAGGACAAAAGCUUUUUAUGUGAUGAAGAGAUUAGGUAAUUAGAAUUGAUAUAGAAAGAGAAAUAGAUGAGUGAUAGAGAAAAAAGAUAAGAAUACAUGAUGAAUAAAUAACAGAAUAGGCAAGAUCAAACACAAGAUGAAAUGAGUUUGGAUCAUGAAUAAAAAAACAAAAAUGCCUUAUCAGAGUCGGAAUACCUUUCAAUAUUUUAAAUUCCAGGAACAAGCAGUCUGCGAAUCGAUUUAAAAAUGCCAGCUUUUGAUUUUGAGAAACUAAAGGGUGGGAAAUAAAUAUUCAGCUUGGUAUUUGAAUACGAAGCACUCUUAAAGAUUAGGAAAUUGUUUUAAGACUACGAGCAGAUUAGGGCUUACACAGACGGAAGUUCAAUUAAGAAUCCUGGAAGAAGUGGUAGCAGUUGUGUGUUCAUGGGUAUAAAGAAAAUAUCUGAAGAGGAAAAAAGUAUCAUAGAAUACGCUAAUCAAGUAUCAGGAGAUUCAAGUCAUAGUAUUCAUCCAUAUUCCAACUAAAACCAACUCAACGAUAAUCUCUAGUUUAUGUUCGGACUGUCUCUAUUCUUAGGCGAGACAUCAAACAACUAUGCUGAGUAUAUGGGAGUCAUUAUGGCUUAGCUUCUAUUUUCGAUGUUUUAGUUUACAGAGAUUUAGAUUCUAACAGAUUCAGAAUUAAUUGUAAAUUAGGUUAAAGGAGUUUCAAGAACAGCCAAUGUUCGCUUGGUAGAAUUACUUAAAAUCGUUCAUUCAUUAGCUUUCAAAUUCGAAUCAGUAUGCUUAGACUAUGUCAGAAGAGAGGAAAAUAUAAUAGCUGAUGCACUUGCUAAAGAUGCCUCUUCACUUGCAGUGGGGGGAGAAUAACAUUUUAAAAUAUACUUUAGACUUGAGUAGGUGAUGGCUAAUGUUCAAUUGAAAAAUUGGUGA